AUGCAGUGGCAGCAGGAGUUAGAGCAGCAGACUCAACAACAACCAGCAGCAGCAGCAGGCCAGAAAGCCCAGUCUGCCGUCCAGCUGUCGCCUUCCUCCGGGCUCUGCACCAUCUACGAAGCACUGGAGAAUAGCGAGGAGGAGGAUGAUGAUGAUGAAGAGGACGACCAUGUAGUAAAGGAACUGAGCAUGGAGGAGAACGGCGAUCUAACGCCAACUCUGAAGGAUGGCGAAGGCCAACGAGAGAGGAGGACGUUCAUCGAAGAACAAGAAGAUACGGACCCUUCCGUCACCAGCUCCUGUCACACCACGCCCCCGCCGGACUCCCCCCCUCAGGUGGAGCCCCGGCACCCCUCUCCCGGAACGGAGAGCCCCGAGGGCGAGUCCCCUCCCCCUCCAGAGUCGCCGGAGCGGCCCCCUCCCCCGGACCUGGACUGGGGGAAGAAGGUGGACAUCGUCCAGCAACUCAUCAACCAGACCCUUCUGCUGGCCGGCGACGGCUGCUCUUCCCUGCUCCUUCUUCCAGGGGGAGGGGGAGGCACACUGAGCCCCCUGGAAAGCAGCCUCUGGCCCAAUCUGGCCCCCCUCACCCCGCCCUCGGCCACUGUCACCUCCGUCAGCAGCUUCUCCCCAGAGGCUCCGGGGAGCUCGCCACAGGGAGAGUGGACGGUGGUGGAGUUGGAGACCCACCACUGAAGGUCACUACGCACACAUGGAAGCACAUCGUUACACCUUUUUUAUUUGGUGGGGUACCAGGGAUGGACACACACACAAGUGACACACACAAGUGGCACACACACGCACACAUUUUCACGUGUACCUAAGGUCGUGCGGAAGAUUCAACUUUGACUCUUUUAUUCAUAUGCACACACCUGCACUGUUUCAUGGUCCUAGGGUUUGUCACAUCACUGCUGUUCACACGCUAGACUACUGCAACACAACACUACGUUGACCCUUUACACUGUAACCCGAUACCUGUAUUACCUCAUUUGUGCCAUCACAACUGCAUCACCACAAGUACAACACUGAUACACGACACUGAUAUCACUAAUGCGCACACACACAGGAUAGCCGUUUGAUGGGUGGCUUAAUAUAUGCAUUUGGCACACACACACACUACUGACUACUGUCCUGGACCUGUGUUUCAUGCCAAACCAAUGUGCCAUGCUAAACUACACACACCAACGGCGCCAAAAAGUCAGUCGAUCGAUUAGGUUCAAAUAGAAGGCGGUGCAUUCCAUGUACUUUAAACUAGUUCACUGGUUAAUUGUGGUGUUUAGGAUAUAGUAGCUAUGAAUGCUCCCUUGUUCGUUUUUUGUUUUUUACUGAAGCCAAAAGUGAUGGUAAUUUGACCGUUGGGACACAACUACUGUUUAUUACAUAGACAAACACUGAAGAGGAUUCACUACUGACUCAGCAUAGAAUGACUGCAAUUUAUCGAUCUCAGCAUGAAGUGUUGUGUGCACUAGACCUGUGUUCCUCUUUGAUACCGCUGACAAACUGCACAUGACUUUGUAUGGACUCCGAAUAUGUCACUCGAUGCCUGCUGUGAACUCCGGUUGAUCGAUCUGCCCUCCACAGGGCCGGCUUGUUCCUGAGGAGGUGUCCCACUGGAGAAGCCUUCUAAUAGCUCAAACCACUCGUUGGCAAUAUUUAUUAUUCGAUCUGAAUUUGAAAUGAUUAUUUAUUGACAAUGUAGACCUUUUUUUUCCUGGGUGGUGUUUUCAAGCACUAUUGGCUAUAAUGUGGUUCUAAGUAAGGUCAAAGGUGAUGCGGAAAUAACGUUCAAAUGAUAUUUGUUGUAGGAAUUGGUUUGGUGAAGGCUAGCAUGUUUUCCCGUCUGAGCGUAUCCCCAGGGUGGCCCCUCUCUGUGGGUUACAGAUGCAAAAUGGGUGUAGUAACAGGCGUGCCGGAAUGAUAUGAAGUCAUGGGUGAAAUUAGCUGGGAGAUUUGAAUGGCUCAGAGUGUCCAGCUGCACAAUGACUCUAUUGAGUACAACACUUCAACUCUGGGUCGGACCGAUUCUGCUGUGAGGGUAAUGCGUCCAGUCCAAAGGAGGAAGUAAGGAUGUAGCGAAGGAUUGAAGAGGGGAAAGUCAUAAAAUGAAGGCACAUAGACUACGAAGAAAACGACUUGUGUUUUUACAAAGAAGACUUUGUAUGGUGAAAUAGGAGGACAGGUUGUACAAGGACUUCAGCUGUUAAGAUGAUGGUUCAUCUUGUGAGAGCGGUUCCACCAGGACUUGACAUGAAAAACUAGGGUACGACCAGCCACUCUUUGUAGCACAUUGGGAUGGAUGACGCUGCUUAGUCAUGAACCGAGGGACUUGACAAGCAAAAUGUCCUUUACUGAGGGUGAACUAGGGUAGGCUAGCCAUAGUGUCUUAAUUUACAGCUGUCUCACAGUAAAGCCAAGAGGCAGGCACUUGCCAGUAGAGAACUCGGGUACAUUCCAAUUUGAGGGGUCGGCCAUGUUUAGGCCCUAGCUGGUGGACAGCAAAUGUAUCAGUGAAAUCUGGCCUUUUAUUCUCUGUGAUUUUUAAGUGUAAUUAUUAUAUAGUAUUUUGUAUUUCUGUAGUGCAUAUUAUUGAAAAUGCAGAUAAUUUGAGCCUGUUCAUGGCAAUGAAGGGAAAUCACUGGAAUUUAUUUUGUACUGUAGAGAUAUCUAGAUUUAUCGUAAACUAUGAAGAGUUAAGAUUUUAUUUAUAGAUGCAAAUCAUUUUAGGAAAUGAAGGAUACAAUUGGUUAACUGAAAUCUGAGCUGCAGAUUGAAAUGAGACGAUAACUUUUUAUUUUGUCAGUUUUAUUGAACUGCAACUUGGCCUGCCUUUCUGAUGUGUGUUCAGCUAUUGAACAGGGAAUUGGGUCUGUGUGCUUUGGCUGCCAUGCCCCACACAAUAUUUGAUGUCUAAUUUGGAGAUCAAUCACAGAAUUUGCCUUACACUAUCCUGGUCAUAUCUGAAAACAACUGAUACUUUUGUAACCCACAAACCCACCUACUAACAUAACACACACACAUGUAAUGUGUACUAAUACUAGUACUGCAAUUUACGGAAAUUUACCAAUUUUGUAAUUUAUUUAAAAUGAAGAAAACCACUUGUGUAAUUUCUGUGAAAGUUUUGUGGAAGACAUUUAGGCAUUUUUACACAUUGUGGGGCUCAAAAUCAUGGCAGCUCGUAUAAUCCCUGAAGUUUUGAAUUUGUAAAUGUGUUUGUGUAAUUAUUUUGAUGCAUUUACCUCUAUGAAAAUAAACUUUUCCAAAACACUGUUGCUUUCACAAAUUAUCCACUACCAUAAAAUACGUUAAUUCAAAAAGUACUUUUGUGAACAUGACAACAUUUAAAAUUAAAGACUAAAUAGUCAACCACAAACCCUUAAAAUAUACCUUCUACAUAACACAAUAGAAACCCUUCAGAACAACAGCAAUCCGA